GUUAUCCAGGACACUUGCUUGCAGAAAAGACUUUUUGUUUAGUGGUGAAAACUCCCUGAAUGCUGCUGGACACUGUUUUUCUCUACCACACUUGCACUGUGUCCAGAAGAAAUUGAUUUAAAAACAAACAAACAGAAAAAACCUCUCCCAGGAGCCAUCCAGGGUGAAUUUGCUAAAUUGUUCACGUGGGAGGGAAUGGAAAGGUCUGCGUCCUGCUGGUUCCUUUUCUGCAGCACAGGAGAAGGGCAGUGAUGGACAGAGCAUGUGUGUGAGCAGGAGGGAACAAGGAUUUCUGUGUGGCUGCAGGAUAUGAGGAGAAACAGAGCGUGCCAGAGCUGCCAAGUUAAAAGCCUAAGCUUCAGAACUGACAUUGACUCUAUUUAUUAGCACAACAAUGGGCUUGCUGUGGCUCCCGUGGCAUUCCAGGAUUGCAGAGAGCUAAAUGAGACCUCAAUACAAUGGACACCAAAGCUCUGGAUUUUCACUUACUUCAACAGAAAGCAAACAAGUGUCAGAGUAAGAAUCAGACCUCAAACCCCAGUAGCUAUGGCCUCUUCCGAUGGAAUUUCCACCUUUCUGUUAUGUAUUCUUCUGCUUCAUUCUUCUAAAUUCAAAUUCUUCCUCAUGAUCUUAGAUGCUGGUGCACUUUGAUAUCUCUUCCAUAUCUAAUCUCUCUUAUCCUGACUUUCAUUUUAUGAACUAGCAGGAGCACAGUGUGUUAGGUUAUCUCAGCAACCAUGCUGGCUGCCAGGCUGGUGUGCCUGAGGGCACUGCCAUGCCAGACCAUCCGCCCCACCAUCACUCAGGCUUCCCCAGCCUUGAGGAGCUCCAGCAUAAAGGCAUACAGGCUGUGGCAGCCUAGCCAGAGUUAUGCCACCAGAGCAAGAAUGGGCUCAAGGCGUGGAAAACUUGGCCAGGAUGUGAAAGAUGCAGCAUUUGAGCCAUCUGCAGAAGCUGCACUUAAAGCUGAUCGCCUGGGGAAGUUCAUUGUGGCUGGAGGGGCUGCUGUUGGCCUGGGAGCCCUGUGCUACUAUGGAAUGGGCUUGUCCAGUGAGACUGGGGCUAUCGAAAGGGCUGCUAUUUGGCCACAGUAUGUGAAGGACAGGAUUCACGCCACGUACAUGUACUUUGCGGGCAGCAUUGGCAUGACAGCUCUGUCUGCUGUAGCAGUGAGCAGAACUCCUGCAAUCAUGAACCUCAUGACAAAGGGCUCCUGGCUGGCAAUUGGUGCAACUUUUGCAGCCAUGAUUGGUGCUGGAAUGUUGGUCAGGACCAUAUCCUAUGAAAAUAAUCUCGUAGCUAAACAUGCAGCGUGGAUGCUGCAUUCAGGUGUCAUGGGUGCAGUCGUUGCUCCUCUGGCCUUCCUUGGUGGUCCUCUGCUCAUCAGAGCUGCCUGGUACACUGCUGGAAUUGUUGGGGGGCUCUCAACUGUGGCCAUAUGUGCUCCAAGUGAAAAAUUCCUGAACAUGGGAGCACCCCUUGGCAUAGGCUUAGGUUUUGUUAUUGCUUCUUCUAUCGGAUCCAUGUUCCUGCCUCCCACCUCUGCCUUUGGCGCCGGGCUGUACUCGGUGGCGGUCUAUGGCGGGCUGGUGCUGUUCAGCAUGUUCCUGCUCUAUGACACACAGCUGGUGAUCAAACGGGCCGAGACUCUGCCCUUCUACGGUGUCGUCAGAUACGACCCCAUCAACGCAUGCCUGGGUAUCUACACUGAUACGCUGAACAUCUUCAUUCGGGUGGCCACCAUGCUUGCAGGUGGUGGAACUGGCAGGAAAAAGUAAACAGAGACUCAACUUUGCAACUGUCGGACAGACUACCUAGUGCACAUAUUAAAUAAACAUUCAUGAUUAAAGCAGUAAUGCUCCAAGUGAGAAUUUUAAAGCAUUUCAGCAUAUUGGUUCAGUGCAAUGUGAUUCAGUCUUAGUUUUUCUUCAAACACUUUCCAGCUCUGUUUAAAAUAGUCUGAACUGCUUCUUCUAAUUGUACAUUAUUUUGGGAAAGUAAAUUAUUUUUAAUAUAUAUGAAUAAAAUAGUCCUACCUGCUUUUUAAAGGGUUUGACGGCAGUUCAACUCUUACUUUCACUUAUUUUUUUUUUAAACUGUUGUUGCAUAGUAAAGAAAGUAAUUUUUGAACUGGUAUCCCAUAGGCAGAUAGGAGUACAAGCUACUUCAUGAAGUGCUGCUUAGAUGCAUCAAUUUUCUGUUAAGGUUCAUAAAUUUUAUUUUAGUGGCAUCUUCAGAAGAAGUGAAUAAAUUGUGUAUGGCCCUAAAUGCAAUCAUGACUUUGAUCUGGGCAGAAAUAUCAGAAAAAAUUAAGCAGGAUUUCACAGGUUAGAUGACCAAAAAGUGUAAAGGAGACAGGAUAUGGGAACUAUGCAGCAUUUGUCCCAUAUGAACUUCAGUCUCCUUCUGGAGUACACAUGAGAAUUCCUUGCUUUAAUGUUGACUGGCUAUAAUAGCUAGCUUAUUUUGAUACUAGAUUUAUAAAACUGUCGAAUGGCAAUAUAGCUGUGUCUUUCUUCUGGUGGCUGAAUUCCUGUACUGCAGAUGAAGUCUGUCCAGAAGAGCUCCCACUGGUCAUCUCUUGGAAGUUUGUACAAUUGGCACAGAAACUGGGAAUUCAGGAUGGCAUGCUGUAAACCCCAGGAUCAUAAAUUGGUCCUACUAUUGUGUGCAUUAUUAGUCUGUUUACCUCUUUUCCAAAUUGAUCUGUUAAAUGUGGUCUAAAAGAAAUGUUCCCUAGCAGUAAAAUUGAUUUAACAGUAAGAAAUUUAUACUUUCCAUACUCUUUUGCUGUAUGUUAGAAUAAAAGGGGAGUUCUUGGGCCAUGAAAAUUUUGACCUAAUGUCAGCAGGUCUUAUUUUCAGUUUCUGGCAAAUAUGUUAUGUUUAUGUAUUGAUCUAUGAACAAUAAAAUUCUAGCCUCACAA